AUGGGCAAGAUCAUCUUCUACGAGGACAGGAACUUCCAGGGGCGCAACUAUGACUGCAUGAGUGACUGCUCUGAUAUCUCCUCUUACCUGAGCCGCGUUGGUUCAAUCAGGGUGGAGAGUGGUUGUUUCAUGGUCUAUGAGCGCAAUGGCUUCAUGGGAAACCAGUUUUUCCUGAAGAGGGGCGAGUACCAUGACAUACAGCGCAUGAUGAGUAUGGGCAUGAUGUUCGACACUAUCAGAUCCUGCCGCAUGAUUCCUCCAUACAGGGGAUCCUACAGAAUGAGGAUCUACGAGAGGGACAACUUCGGAGGACAGAUGUAUGAGUUGAUGGAUGACUGUGACAACAUCAUGGACCGUUACCGUAUGUCUGACUGCCAGUCCUGCCAUGUGAUGGACGGCCACUGGCUCAUGUAUGAGCAGCCCCACUACAGAGGCAGAAUGGUCUACUUCAGACCUGGAGAGUACAGGAGCUUCAGAGAUAUGGGAUACAGCAACAUGAGAUUCAUGAGCAUGAGGCGUAUUACUGAUAUGUGUUAAAGUGCUAGAAUAUAGAAGGAAAUAAAGUGUUAUUUUCAGAACUAACUGUGGUGUCUUGUUUUAUUGAAUUACUGAAUGGCUAACUUUUUUAAAUGGUCAUAUCAUGCUUCUUUUUUUUUUUUUUUUUUAUAAUUUAAUAUUUUCUUUUUUUUUUCUGUUAGAUUUAAUCACUUUUUUAACAUAUAGCCUAAAUAAGUCACUUAGA